AUGAUAAUAAUCAGGAAAAAAUAUAGACCGAUAUUUCUGGCCUUAAUAGUGUUCCUAAUAUACAAAUGCUACCCGUCAAACUCAACUUAUAAUAACGAUUACGAUAAUUCUGAACAGAAAUUAAGCUUGACUAAGGAAAAGUUGAAAAAACAACCGCCUCAUAAUGCAGAUAAUAAUGACUUGAGGCCGUUAUCCAAUGGUAAAUCUGGUGUUUUUACUAACAACAAAAAUCCCAUGUUUUAUCAAAACAGCGUUAAAAAAUGUAUUAAUUAUAUGGAGUAUUCCUCAGUAAAACACUAUUUGGAAACUGAUGAUAUAAGCGACCCAUUAACUUUGCCCUUCCAACGGCCUCCCAAAAAUUGUAGAACUUUCCAUAGUGAUAUAAUAGAAAUUGUAAUUGAUGAAUUAAAAAAGAGAUUUAAAGAUCCAAGGUUGUCAAGAAUUUUUGAAAACGCCUUUCCUAACACAUUGGAUACCACAAUUUUGUUUCAUGUUACCGCCGAGGAGAAUUCUAAAUUGUCCAAAAAAAACCAUAAUAAUCCAAGAACAGCUUACAGAAAUAUGUUACCCGAAUCCUUUAUUGUUACUGGUGAUAUUCAUGCUGAGUGGUUACGGGAUUCAUCGUGGCAACUAUCUGUUUAUCAGCCAUUAAUUAAAUAUGAUUCCAAAUUAUUGGAAUUAAUUAGAGGUGCCAUUAAUACACAAUCGCAAUUGUUGGCAAGUAAUCCAUAUUGCAAUGCUUUCCAUCCACUACCGUAUAUGAAAGUUAGUAAAGUGCCUGGCCAUAUUGAUAGAGUCCGCCCCUCUCCAAAUUGGGCGCAUGUGUUUGAAUGUAAAUAUGAAAUCGAUUCCUUGGCAGCAUUUUUGACAUUGACCAGGGAAUAUUACGAAAAUGCACCAAGAGUAGAUGACAUGGAGAAAAAAUUUAUUACUAAGGAUUGGUUGAGAGCUUUAUCACAACUUAUGCUUGUCUUAAAUAGAGAAAAGACUCCCACUUUUCAAAAGGAUACUGGAAAUGUUAAUAAUUUUAAUUAUAUUUUCCAAAGAGACACUAAUAUUGGGUCAGAGACCAGGCCCUUGGCAGGAACGGGGAAUCCAGCUAAAUACGACAUUAAUUUAAUUAAAUCCGCCUUUAGACCAUCCGAUGAUGCUACAAUUUUUUCAUUUUUUAUACCUGGGAACGCACAUAUGGCAGUUGAGUUGAAAAAAAUGGCCGCUAUCUUGGAAAAGUUAAAAGAUUAUAUUCAUGUUAAUGAUCUAGAUAAUUUUAUUAAUGUUGAUAAAACGCUUGAAGCGAUGAUGGUAUAUGCAUUGAAUAUUGAAACUGGUAUUUUGGAACACGCAGUUUUUCAAGACCCCAAACAUGGGCAAGUUUUAGCCUAUGAGAUUGAUGGAUAUGGAAGUAAAUUAAUGAUGGAUGAUGCUAAUAUACCAUCCUUGUUAUCCUUACCGGAUUUAGGGUUUUUGAAUGUAAGUGAUCCACUGUACCAAAAUACAAGAAAAAUGAUACUUUCAAGAGAUGGGAAUCCAUACUACUUGAAAGGUCCAUAUUUUGAAGGUAUUGGUGGUCCUCAUAUCGGCAUUCACAAUGCUUGGCCGAUGAGUCUAACAAUGGCUAUCAGAACUUCAAAUGACGAUGCGGAAAUAUUGAAAUAUUUGGAUUUAUUGUUAUCAAACACCGCGGGGCUGGGCUUGAUCCAUGAAUCUAUACAAGUGCAUAAACCAAAUGGACAACAAUAUACUAGGCCGUGGUUUGCUUGGGCAAAUUCUGAAUUUGCUAAAACAAUAUUACAUUUAGCUGAGCAUAAACCAGACUUGAUUUUUAAAGAAGAAUAUUGGGGGAAGCCUUUUGUUUUAAAAGAUUUGGAUCAAUAUAGAAUAGUUGAUUGA